AUGGGAUUCAAUCAUGCCAUUGUCGAAGAAGCUGUCGGUUUCGUUGGAGGGAUCUGGAUCCUCUGGAAGAACGAUGAUUUCAAAAUCAAAGUUAUGUCAACCCACAAGCAAUUUGUGCAUAUGGAAAUUGAAAACAAUCAGCGGAGGACAUGGAGCCUUACGGCUGUAUAUGCAAGUCCACAGGAAGCACAAAGAAAAGAAAUGUGGGAGCUUUUGCACAACAUCUCAAGAAACAUGAACUUACCAUGGCUGAUGAUAGGUGAUUUCAAUGACAUCGCAGAGCAAAGUGAGAAGAAAGGAGGAGGGGGAAAUGAUGCCUAUGCGUGUAGACGCUUCAGAGGCUGGAUUGACAAAUGCAACCUCAUAGACGUAGGUUAUUCAGGAUCAAGAUUCACAUGGAAGGGGGGAAUAAGAGAAGGCCAAGAAAGAGUUUAUAAAAGGCUGGAUCGAGCUUUAUGCAACUCAGAGUGGCGUACAAAUUUUUCAAAUGCAUUUGUGGAGGUGCUGCCAAGAAUACAAUCAGACCAUCACCCUUUGUUGCUACACACAAGACCUGAGACUAGUAUCCAAGGAGAGAGACCUUUCAGGUAUGAAGCCAUGUGGAAUACACAUGAAGACCUCCCAAAGGUUAUUAGAAGUGCUUGGAAUAAUGAGUAUGACUUUCCAGUAGCCUUAAACAAUUUAACUAAAAGUCUGAAAAAAUGGAAUAAUGAAACUUUUGGUAACAUAUUUCGAAAGAAAAGGAGGCUUUUGAAUAGAAUUCAAGGGAUACAAAAAUCCAGGCUUUAUGGUAGGAAUAAGUUUCUUGAUGGGCUGGAAAAAGACCUUUCGGAGGAAUUGGAAAAAAUCCUUGAUCAAGAGGAGAUCUUCUGGCUACAAAAAUCCAGACAAAAGUGGCUAGUAGAAGGAGAUAGAAACACUAAAUAUUUUCACACAAAAACUCUGGUGCGCAGAAGGAAGAACAAGAUAGUGAAGCUGAGGAACAAUAAUGGUAUAUGGUGUGAAGAGGUAGAAGCUGUAAAAUCGAUAGUCUCAAAUUUUUUCACUGACCUAUACCGAGAUGAAAGACCAAAGCGCCCCACUAUUCGAUGCAGUUGGCAAUAUAAAAGAUUGGAAGAAGAACAGAAACAGAUGUUAGAAAGAAUGCCCAUUCCAAGUGAGAUUGAAGAAGCUAUCCACAGCAUAGGUUCCCUAAAGGCGCCUGGAGAAGACGGAUACCCUGCGUUGUUCUUUAAAGAAAAUUGGAAGGUCCUCCAAUGCUCCAUCUGUGCUUUCAUUCCGAAACUAUGGCAAGACCCCCCCCUCAAUACAACAAGUAAACCAAACUCUUCUAACACUUAUACCCAAGAUCAACCAGCCUGA